AUGGCUAGCUCAGAAAUUAGAGAUUAUGACAGCAUCACAUCUUUUCUUGGAUCUUGGGGACCCUUUCAGCGAAGGAUUUUUUUAGCAAUUGCUGUCAGCAUCCUCCCGAAUGGGUUCAUUGGCGCCUAUAUAGUAUUUGUAGGUGUCACCCCACCUCACAAGUGCUAUAUCCCUGAGAACGACAGUAUCAGUGAGAUGUGGAGAAAUGUUACGAUCCCAUUGGAAAUGGUUGAUGGCGUAACGAAGCACAGCUCUUGCUCAAGGCUCAACCUGGAAAUUGUCAGGAACUACUCUCAAGACAACAUCAUCCCAAAUGUGGACGUGAACGUGAGCGACAUUCCUUUGGAGAGCUGUCUGGAUGGAUGGACAUACAGCAAAGAGAUCUACCAGUCAACCAUUGUCACAGAGUGGGACUUGGUUUGUGAGAAUGGAUACAAAUCUCCACUGGCGACCUCUAUCCAUUACAUCGGUGUGCUAGUGGGAGCGUUUUUCUCCGGCCAGAUGUCCGACAGGUAUGGAAGGAAGCCAGCUCUCUUUCUCAUGAUGAUUCUUCAGACCGUUGCAACUACAGCGCAGAUAUUCUCCCCAAGCUGGGAGAUCUUCACCUUUAUUUUCUUCUUCGUGGGUGCAGGGGGAUACUCCAACUAUACCAUUGGAUUUGUGCUGGGUACAGAAAUUCUAAGCCCAAAAUCCCGAGUGGUCUUCUGCUCCCUUGGGGUCUUCAUGAGCUCAGCUUUGGGCUACAUGGCAUUACCAGCUGCUGCUUAUUUCCUCCGUGAGUGGCGGAUGCUGAUGAUUCCCAUGGCUGCUUGUGGCCUGAUCUACAUCCCUAUAUGGUGGUUAGUCCCAGAAUCACCUCGCUGGCUGUUCUAUCAGGGAAGAGUGAAGGAGGCGGAGGCCAUACUUAGAGAUGCUGCCAAGAGCAAUAAUGUCGAGGCUCCAAAGGCCAUUUUUACACAAGCUGAGAUCACUGAUGUACUGGCUAUGAAAGGCAAUAAAUACAACAUUUUGGUUAUCGUGAGCAACUGCAAUCUGUUCUUUGUUACAGUCCUGUGUUCACUUCUGUGGAUUAUCGUCACCAUUGGCUACUAUGCUUUAGUCCUCAACACUUCAAACCUGCACGGCGACCCUUAUUUGAACUGCUUCUUGUCUGCCGUGGUAGAAGUGCCGGCGUACGUAAUUGCCUUGUUGCUGCUCCAUUACUGCUCCCGGCACUUCUGCCAAUCUUCUACACUCCUCGUUGGAGGUGUCAUGAUCCUCUGCGUUCACCUCAUCCCAAUAGAUGUACCAAGUGUGCCUCUGCUUUUUGAGAUAUUGGGGAAAUUCGGCAUGACAUCUGCAUUUUGUGUGGUGUACACCGUCACAUCAGAGCUCUUCCCCACUGUUAUCAGAAACACAGCAAUGGGUAGUUGUUCCAUGGCUGCACGCUUUGGAAACAUCAUCGCUCCCUUUAUCAUUUUUCUGGGACAAUACUACAAGUCACUCCCAUACAUAUUGAUGGGAGGUUUUGCCAUUUGUGGUGCCGUCUUAUGUUUCCUGCUGCCAGAAACGUAUAGGAAGAGUUUGCCAGAGACCAUAUCACAAAUGCAGCUGAUAUGCGGGAGAAGAGGGAAAAAAGAAGAGGAAGCAGAAAAUGAAAAUGGAGAGAGCCCGGCUCAUUGUGAGAGUAAAGAAUCCAAGUUAUAGUUAAGUAAGGAUUGAUGUUUGUAAUUUCUCUAAAGCAUUUCACUCACAUUUGUGCUUAUAAAGAUGUAGUUAUAAAUACAUUAUGUGAAAUUCUGUUAGGUGUAUUUUUUGAUUGUUUUAUAUUG